GCACAUUAUAGUGAUUUUUGUACAUUUUCCACACACAUUCCUUCGAAAUUAUUUUCCCUUCUCUUUUCUUUUCUUUUCUUUUCUUUCUCUAACUAAUAAUGACAAACAAACUUGUGGCUUUCGCAUACCUUGGUUGCUAAAUCUUGUGUUUGAACCUUAACAACACGAACACAACCUUACCAAAAUAUGCAGUAACGCACAAUUUUUUCUGAGGCUGCGAUCAUGUGCAACGACAAUGAGUGCCAAAAGACUACUCUCCACCCCUCAAUACCAUCAGAUCCCACCAACGAUCAAAAACUCUCUCCAAUGGACCCAAAACUGCACAACCCAACAACCCAAACCACCUUUCCAACCCAAGCGACCCUCCAUUUUAGCCACCAACAUCAUCAAAUCAUACUUUGACAAGGGCCUAACCAAAGAAGCACGUACCCUGUUCGACGAAAUGCCCGAGCGAGACGUGAUUGUGUGGACGGCCAUGAUCGCCGGCUACGCGUCCUGCAACCACCACGCUCGGGCAUGGGUGGUUUUUCGGAACAUGAUGAGGGAAUGUAAUGAGUACCCGAAUGCAUUUACCAUGUCGAGUGCUUUGAAGGCUUGUAAAGGCAUGAACUCACUUUCUUGUGGUGGUUUGGUUCAUGGGAUGGUUGUUAAGUUUGGGUUGGAGGGUUGCUUGUAUGUUGACAACGCGGUUUUGGACUUGUACGCGACUUGUUGUGCUACUAUGGUGGAGGCGUGCGUGGUUUUUGGUGGUAUUCGGGAAAAGAAUUCAGUGUCUUGGACGACGUUGAUCACGGGUUAUACUCAUCGCGGAGAUGGAUAUAGCGGGCUGCAAGCUUUUAGGCAAAUGCUGUUGGAGGAAGCUGAAACAAACGCAUUUAGCUUUUCGAUUGCUGGCAGAGCUUGCGCCUCAAUAGGCUCUCAUACUACUGGCAGGCAAAUUCAUGCAGCUAUUAUUAAACAAGGAUAUGAAUCAAAUACUCCUGUUAUGAACUCCAUAUUAGACAUGUAUUGUAGGUGUGAUUUACGCGAAGCAAAACAGUGUUUUCAUGGGAUGACCGAAAGAGAUUUGAUUACAUGGAACACAUGGAUUGCUGGAUAUGAAAAAAGUGAUUCCAUCGAAUCUCUCUUCAUAUUCUCACAGAUGGAGUACGAAGGAUUUAGUCCAAAUUGCUUCACACUCUCAAGUGUUGUGGCAGCGUGCUCUAAUUUAGCUGUUUUGAACUGCGGACAGCAAGUACAUGGAACCAUCAUUCAAAGAGGCUUUGAUAGGAACUUGGCAUUGUCCAAUGCCCUCAUAGACAUGUAUGCCAAGUGUGGCAACAUCUCAGAUUCACAGCAAAUUUUCAUUGAAAUGUCCAUUAGAGAUUUGGUUUCUUGGACUUCUAUGAUGAUUGGAUAUGGAAGCCACGGAUAUGGAAAAGAGGCGGUUGAAUUGUUUGAUCAAAUGGUCAAGUCAGGUAUCAGGCCUGAUCGGAUUGUGUUUAUGGCAGUUUUAGGUGCUUGUAGCCAUGCCGGACUUGUAGAUAAAGGUUUGAGUUACUUCAAUUCGAUGAUUGGUUAUUAUAACCUCACUCCAAAUCAGGAAAUUUAUGGAUGUGUUGUGGAUUUGCUAGGACGUGCUGGGAGAGUUAAGGAGGCUUAUGAAAUAAUGGAGGGGAUGCCGUUUAAGCCUGAUGAAUCGGUUUGGGGUGCAUUUCUUGGAGCUUGCAAAGCACAUAGGCAUCCUGAUAUGGAAAAAUUGGCGGCAAGGAGGUUAUUGGAUUUGGGGCCAAAUAUGGCAGGCACUUAUGUGACAGUGUCAAAUAUUUACGCAGCUGAAGGUAUGUGGGGAGAUUUCGCAAAAGUGAGGAAGUUGAUGAGAGGUGUGGGGAGUAGAAAAGAGGCUGGGAGGAGUUGGGUUCAGGUUAGAAAUCAGGUUUGUGGUUUCGUGGUUGGAGAUAAGGUGGGUGCACAUAUAGAAUGGGUAUAUGAAGUUCUUGAUGUGUUGGUUUUGCAUAUGGCAGAAGCAGGAUAUGUCCCUGAUUUAGAUUGCUUGACACAAGAUUUGGAAGAUGGGACUUGAAUAAAAUGAAGCUGAAUGGGUAAAAAGAGUACUCAGUUGGCUGUUGAGAAAAAGCUUUACUUGGGGUAACCGGGAAGUAAAGGAAAGCAGAGCUUGCGGAUCAAAAAACAGGAAAGCAGAGCUUCAGUUUUAUGACUUUAUACUGAAAGACAAUCAUGGAAAGUGAAAGCAUAAGAAUUUUAAUGAAAGAGUGCGGUCAAGGAUCAGUGAGCAGGGGCUGAGAAAGGGCAACAUGGUGAGGAACUACCCCACGAAGUGAAGAUACCAGUUCUUAUUGAGCAUAACCUCAGGGAUUUGAAUCCCCUUUCUUAUUGUCUUGAUGCACAUGAAGAAAGUGAACUGCCGAUAACCAGGUGGAUGUCAGAACGAGGGCCAGAAACCUCCUUAACAAAAGGGUAGAACGGUAGGGGAUGCUUAAAAAAAGCAGCAUUGGGAAUUAAAUUUUGUUGUGGAUUCGAUUCAGGAAUUACUUUCUUCUUUUGUUUUUUUUCUAACUAUCUCUUCUCAUUUUUAUUCCAACCAUAACAAAAAAGUGGAUUCUGAAA